UUUGAACAAAAAUUACACUCUCAAGUCCGAAACUCCAAAUAAACACCCCUUCGUUUUCCCCCAAAAACCAAUUUCACGUUGGGCUUCCAAACAUCAUCCGUCCCCUUUCUCUGCUAAACCCUUCUGCGUUAUUCUCUCAGAUAUUUGAAGGUAAUUGCAUCAGCAAACAGAAGCAUUGUUGGAACAUAAAGUCAAUUAUGGCAUAUGGAGGCACACCUUCGGGCCCACCUGCAGCUUCAGGCAGCUCUCCUGCAAUGAAGCAGGUGAAACUGGAGAAAGAAAGUGAACUCAGGAUUGAAGUCAGUUUUAACAGCUCUCUUCGCCUCAGGCUACUAAAUGGGACAGCUGAGAUAUUUGGGACCGAAAUGCCCCCAGAAAAUUGGCUCAUCUUCCCACCAAGAAUGAAAUUUGCUAUAUUUACAUGGUAUGGGGCCACCAUUGAAAUGCAAGACAACACUGAAACUGAUUAUGUAGCAGAUGAGACACCAAUGAUCAGUUAUGUAAACGUGCAUGCUGUACUUGAAGGGCGUAGAAAUCGUGCAAAAGCCUCUCCCAGUGAUUCUGAUGCUUCCCAGGGUCCCAGGGUGAUUGUUGUGGGACCCACAGAUUCUGGAAAGAGUACAUUAUCUAGAAUGCUUCUUAGCUGGGCAGCCAAACAAGGAUGGAAACCUACUUUUGUGGAUUUGGACAUUGGACAAGGAUCUAUAACCCUCCCUGGGUGUAUUGCUGCUAGCCCAAUUGAAAUGCCAAUUGACCCUGUUGAAGGGAUUCCUCUUGAAAUGCCUCUUGUUUACUUUUUUGGACACAACACUCCAACUGUUAAUGCAGAUCUUUAUAGGGUAUUAGUAAAGGAGCUAGCACAGAUAUUGGAAAGACAAUUUGCUGGGAAUCCUGAAUCUAGAGCUGCAGGCAUGGUCAUCAACACCAUGGGAUUCAUUGAUGGACUUGGUUAUGAUCUUCUUCUGCAUGCAAUUGAUACAUUCCAGGCUACUGUUGUUCUUGUGUUGGGUCAGGAGAAACUUUGCAGCAUGUUAAAAGAUGUAUUAAAACGAAAACCUAAUGUGGAUGUAGUGAAACUACAAAAAUCAGGUGGUGUUGUAUCCAGGAAUUCAAAAUUCAGAGCAAGUGCAAGGAGCCAGAGGAUAAGAGAAUAUUUUUAUGGUCUUUCAAAUGACCUUUCCCCUCACUCAAGUAUAGCGAAUUUCAAUGAUUUGAGUAUUUAUAAAGUUGGGGGUGGCCCACAGGCCCCAGCUUCAGCUCUCCCUAUUGGUGCACAGCCUGUGGCGGACCCCAUGAGAUUGGUUCCUGUAAACAUCAACAGGGAUUUGCUCAAUUUAGUUCUUGCUGUCUCUUUUGCAAAAGAACAAGAUCAGAUUCUUUCAAGCAACAUAGCUGGGUUUAUUUGGAUCACUGAUAUUGAUAUUCCAAGGAAGAAAAUCACAUAUCUAGCUCCAUCAGGUGGAGAACUUCCGAGCAAGUUCUUGUUAAUGGGAAGCUUAACAUGGAUUGAAACCUAAACUGCAAGUCUUCAUUGCCAUUUUUUUUUGCUAAUGUAAGCCGUUUGUUUUUUAAUCCAUGUAGCAUUGAGGGCCCAACAAGCAAACUUGGGUAUUUAAUUUGUAGUAUAUGUAGCAAUAUCUAUGACUUCUUAAUUUUUUUUUUUGGGUUAAGCAUGGUUGGAUAAA